ACGCUGAGGGGAGAACAAACACAAGCAAGCUAAAUACUUUGCGACUCGCAAAACAUCUGAAAUCAGUCACCCGACAGCCGCCCAGCAAAACAGACGCGUACAGCAAAUCGGCAAAGGCAAGAGGCGAAGGCAAAGGCAGGAAACGGGUUAACACACACAAAAACAACGUGAAAGAAGCUCCUCUCUCGGGCAAACAGCGGUCAGCGAUCUUUUGGCCAUAAGUAGCAGCAGCAGCAGCAGCCAGACAGCGAGACAGACAGCAUCUUUUGCAGUGCGUGCGCGUUUUGUGCGUGCGUGUGUGUGUGGACAUAACUAACGAUUCACCUCCGAGAUUCAAGGGCAACGGUCAGUCGGAGGAGCAGCAGCAGCAACAGAAGCUACUUAACUUUGACAUCGACAAUAGCAACGUGUUUUCCCGUCUACAGAAUGGCACCACCCACCGUUUUGGUGACCGGCGGAGCUGGCUACAUUGGCUCCCACACAGUCCUGGAGAUGCUCAACGCUGGCUACAACGUCAUCUGCGUGGAUAAUCUCUGCAAUGCGUACAGCAGCGGCGCCAAGCUGCCAGAGGCACUCAGUCGCGUACAGGAGAUAACCGGCAAGAAGGUGGAAUUCUAUCGCGCAGACAUCACGGAUCGGGAUCAAGUGCGCGCUAUUUUCCAGGAGCACAAGAUCGACAUGGUGUGCCAUUUUGCCGCACUCAAGGCGGUCGGCGAGUCCUGCCGCAUACCGCUGCAGUACUACCACAACAAUAUGACCGGCACAAAUGUGCUGCUGGAGGCCAUGGCCGACAACAAUGUCUUCAAGUUCGUGUACAGCUCCAGCGCCACGGUGUACGGUGAGCCGAAGUUCCUGCCUGUGACGGAGGAGCAUCCCACGGGCAAUUGCACAUCGCCCUAUGGAAAAACCAAAUAUUUUACAGAGGAGAUACUGAAGGAUCUGUGCAAGUCCGAUAAGCGUUGGGCUGUGGUCUCCUUGCGUUACUUUAAUCCUGUGGGAGCACACAUCAGCGGACGCAUUGGCGAGGAUCCGAAUGGCGAGCCCAAUAACCUGAUGCCCUACAUUGCCCAGGUGGCUGUCGGUCGACGCGCUAGCCUGAGUGUCUACGGCAGUGAUUUCCCCACCAAGGACGGCACUGGAGUGCGCGACUACAUACACAUUGUGGACCUCGCAGAGGGACAUGUGAAGGCAUUGGACAAGCUGCGCAACAUUGCAGAGACUGGAUUCUUCGCUUAUAAUCUGGGCACCGGUGUGGGCUACUCUGUGCUGGACAUGGUGCAUGGCUUUGAGAAGGCAUCCGGCAAGAAGGUCGCCUAUGUGCUGGUGGAUCGUCGUUCGGGUGAUGUGGCCACCUGCUAUGCGGAUGCCACGCUGGCAGAGAAGAAGCUGGGCUGGAAGGCAUAUCGCGGCAUUGACAAAAUGUGCGAGGAUACGUGGCGCUGGCAGAGUCAAAAUCCUAAUGGCUACGCCAACAAGUAGUUCGCAAUGGGAAAGAGAAUCGUUUGAAUCUUGCCUCUGUGUCGCCAUUACCCUACCCUACCUAUAGCCGUGCCUCGCUCGCAUAUUCCAAAAUUGAUUUAUUGUAUUUUACUUAGGUAGCAAAUAUUCUUGCAACUAGCUGUGUAUAUUUUUUUCUUUCCAAAAUUUGAAAGUGCAAAUCGCAGCCUCCAGAGGGCUGCCUCAUAUCACGAUGUACGUAUGUUUGUAUGUAUGUAGUCUGAUUAUGUAAAUCCAAAGUACAUUUGUAAUAAAGAAGGCUCCUCGCUGUUGUCAUGUAAUGUUA